CACAUCUUUACUGUUGUUCCUCAAACUGCGGCGCAUAAAUAAAUAGAUAAAUACAUCGAUUGUCGGAGAGUUGUUUGAUAGUUGUCUAUGAGGUUGACAGCAUUUGUGUCAGAGUACAGUGUUAACGCAUUAAUCCGGACGUCCGGAUUCAGACGCCAGAACUGCCAGAUGUGUUUCACGGGAGGUCACAGGCUUGUUUUUUCAACGUUACACCGGGAAGCUAGCAGCUAGCUUCAGCUGCUAAUAAGCAGGCGCGCCAGCCUAAUGCUGGAGGCUUUCUCCUGAAACUUGAAAAGUUGCAUCAACUCAACAUUUAUUUGGCGUAAGGUUGCCCUGACAACCAUGAUGGGCAUGGCCUCUCGAAUAGAGUGUUUAUUUUUUAGUGAGUUUCACCCUACCCUGGGUCCAAAGAUAACAUACCAGGUCCCAGAGGAAUACAUUUCACGAGAGCUGUUUGACACAGUUCAAGUCUAUAUCAUCACCAAGCCAGAACUGCAAAACAAAUUGAUAACCGUAACCGCCAUGGAGAAAAAGUUAAUUGGGUGUCCAGUGUGCAUCGAGCAUAAAAAGUACAGUAGAAACGCCCUCCUCUUCAACCUUGGCCUUGUUUGUGACGCCCAAACCAACACCUGUGCCCUCGAGCCAAUAGUCAAGAAGUUGUCCGGGUACCUCACAACUCUGGAGCUGGAGAGCGGCUUUAUAUCCAAUGAGGAGAGCAAGCAGAAUCUUUUACCCAUUAUGUCGACCUUGUUAGAGGAACUUAAUGCCACAGGAGCGUGCACCUUACCCAUAGAUGAGUCCAACACCAUCCACCUGAAGCUGAUCGAGCUGCGCAAGGACCCCCCGAUCGUCCAGGAGUACGACGUGCCCGUCUUCACCCAGUGCAAAGACCAUUUUGUCAAAUCUCAGUGGGAUCUCACCACUCAACAGAUUCUGCCCUACAUUGACGGAUUCCGACACAUCCAGAAAAUCUCUGCCGAAGCGGAUGCGGAGAUGAAUCUUGUUCGCAUUGCGGUGCAGAAUCUUUUGUACUAUGGGGCUGUGACCAUGGUAUCAAUAUUUCAGUACUCUAAUGUGUAUUGCACCACCCCCAAAGUCCAGAGCCUCAUCGACGAUAAGUCCGUUCAGGAGGAGUGCCUCAACUACGUCACUAAGCAAGGUCAGAAGCGAGCCAAUCUGAGAGAUGUGUUCCAGCUGUACUGCGGUCUGAGUCCAGGAACCACCGUCCGAGACCUUUGUUCUCGCUACUCGCUGCAGCUUCAAAGGGUUGAUGAGCGGCGGCUGAUCCAAUUUGGACUGAUGAAGUCCCUUAUUCGACGACUGCAGAAAUAUCCAGUGAAGGUGAUCCGGGACGAGCGGAGCAGGCUGCCUCGACUCUUCACCGGUUGUCAUAGUUAUGACGAGAUCUGCUGCAAAACAGGAAUCAGUUACCAGGAGCUGGAUGAACGUUUGGAAAACGAUCCCAACAUCGUGGUGUGCUGGAAGUGACAUCAAUUUUCUUUUCAAGGUUCUUAAUGAUACAGAAAUGCUUCAACCAACGAUGCCUUCAGUAAUGGGAAUAGUUUUCUUGAAAUACUGGUGGAAUUAAAAAAGUAUUUGUUAUAUUAGGUUAUAUAUAAGUGUUUUAAAUUUGAUCAAAAUCCUAUUUAGGUAAAGUGAUUGUUAUGUUUAUUAAAAUUGUACAAAAGAGAAUUUGUGAUAAAUAAAAUAUUAUCCAACAAUG